CUUUCGAAUAGUGCUCGCGAGCAUUACUAGGCAGAUACCUACAUGGCCUAGGAUGCAGACCUACUGUUUCAAGGAAUAAUAAGAAUUGAAGAUGGCUGAAUAUCACAUAGUGAAAAAAGAUGACGAUGACGAUCCGGGUGAGCCACAGAUUAUCGUUGAUCCGGGGACCUCGAAAGUAUCUCGUUCAAACGGCAAGCAUCCUGAAGGCGAUGAUGUGUUCGUUUUAAUAGGAAAUGAGGUUGGAGAUGAUGUAGCCGACCAUGGCCAUCCACAGGACAGCCAAAUUCUGCUGGACAUGGACGACCCUGCCAUGAACAACCCGAAAACGAAAUGCGAUCGGAUCCGUUUCCGGAUAGGAUCGGUAAUGGAACAUGUAUACUUCCGGAUCGGCACAAUUCUUCUCAUCCUGGUGGAUAUCGGCGUAGUAAUUGCCGAUUUACUCACUCCGGACACUGUCCACUACCACUUGGCCUUUGAGAUCGUUUCCAGGACCAUCAUUAGCUACUUCGUCUUGGAGAUAAUUCUCAGGAUGUUCUACAAAGGCAACAAAUUCUUCAUGCACUGGGCCGACAUGCUGGACAUGCUGGUAGUGUUCGCUACAUUUAUCAUCGAUUUGGCCUUCAGCGACUACGCAAGACUUGGAGUUGCCGGACGCUUUCUACGGAUCAUCCGGAUAGCACGAGGUAUCUACAUUAUGUCCUCAGAGUACAGACAUUUUCAGCAGGCCACGCGUCGUAUGGUGUCACAAAACAAACGACGCUACCGCAAGCAGGGAUUCGACCUCGACCUUUGUUACAUAACAGAACGGGUCAUAGCUAUGUCGUUCCCUUCAUCAGGCGUUCGUGCCAUGUACAGAAACCCAAUCGGUUCGGAACAUAUGAAACAAUUAGUAGCUGUUGCUAAAUUCCUCGACACCAAGCAUACAGAUCACUAUCGCGUCUACGAUCUCUGCAGCGAGCUCAAUUAUGAUCGGUCUAUAUUUCACAAGCAAGUCCGCAAGGUGAAAAUUGAUGAUCAUAACGUUCCGAGAUUAAAGGACAUGAUGGCGUUUUGUCUUGAUGUUAGAGAGUGGCUUGCUGCCGAUGACAAAAACGUGAUAGCGGUGCAUUGUAAAGGCGGAAAGGGCCGAACCGGAACUAUGAUCUGUACCUGGCUCAUUCACACGGAACUGUUCAACGAAGCACAGCAAAGUCUCAAAUACUUUGGAAAGAGGAGGACCGAUUUAAAUGCAGGAAGUACCUUCCAGGGCGUGGAAACGCCUAGUCAGUGCCGGUAUGUAGAGUAUUACGAGAAGGUGAAGUGGGAGCUAGAUUGGACCAUACCUCCAGUCCGGCACUUAAAAAUAAAGACAGUCAACAUAACCUCCAUCAAAGGUGUGGGUAAAGGUGAUGGGUCUGAUCUGUCCAUGGAAGUGUACGUACCAUCUUCUGGGGCAGUGUUCAAAUGCAGUUUACACAAUAACAACAAAUGCACAUACUCCCACAAUAAGACCGAAGAUAGAAUCACUAUUACCAUAGGCGACGAGGGUCCUGUUUUGGAGAACGAUGUAAAAGUUAGAUUUAAAUCAUCGUCGAAAAAGCUGCCUCGAGUUUACGACAACUGCGCUUUCUUUUUCUGGUUUUAUACAUCAUUCAUCACAGACAACAGGUUGUACUUACCCAGAGACUUCAUCGACAACCCACACAAAAGAAGAGCGCAGAGAGUUUAUAGAGACACUUUUAGUGUAGAAUUGCUGUUUGAAGACGCGACCAGCCAAGAUACCGAUACUGAUGGGCAGCAGUGACGGACACAAUGUUUAACUGGAUACAAAUAACGUUCCACUGAAGCUCCGAAAAUACAUAGUCAACGUUUGCCAGCUUAAUAGACUGGUGGCAAUCACGAAGAUGAAUUGGUUUUAAGAGUAUUACAAAGUUUCUUUAACGUGUAUUGGAAAAGCGGAAAAACGAAGAUUAUUCUUCCUUAGGUAACAAAAGGCAUAGUCAUGUUCGACAGAGAAACUUUGUAACUGAUUGCUGGCUGACACCAUUGAAUGGCUCACUGAUACAGAAAGGUCGGUAUGUGAUGUAAAGAACAGGGAGUUGACAGCUUUUCUGUAAUAUUUCUGGUCUUGUUUUAGUAUAGGAACAGGGAAUUGACAGCUUGUCUGUGAUAUUUCUGGUCUUGUUUUAGUAUAGGAACAGGGAGUUGACAGCUUGUCUGUGAUAUUUCUGGUCUUGUUUUAGUAUAGGAACAGGGAGUUGACAGCUUGUCUGUAAUAUUUCUGGUCUUGUUUAAGCGUAUUGCUCUUUUCACUAGCCUUCAAAUUUCAAAUGGACAAAACGUGAAAUGGAGUCUUUACCGGGUUCUCGUACUUCGAGGUUCAAUUUUAACUUAUGAGUGUAUUGAUGUUGUGGCGUCACAUUUUUAUUUAUUUAUGGUUUUUAUAACUGUUGGUGUUUGACACUUUGUGAUCAUUUGUAAAGCGAACUUCCUUUUAACCCCAACUCAGGAUGUGUUCAAUGUUUGUGUCUAAGGAUGUUUAUCUGACAAUUAUUGCGUGUUACGCAAAUGUCUCAAGAUAACUGAUUAACGAACUAGUGAUCAGUGUAUUUUUUUCAUCUAGGUCUUAUGUCCCGGCCCAUAUAGACAUGAUCAUAAUGUCCCGACCCAUAGAGACAUGAUCAAAAUGUCCCGACCCAUAGAGACAUGAUCAUAAUGUCCCGACCCACAAAGACAUGAUCAUAAUAUCCCGACCCAUAGAGACA